AUGGCUUGCAGUCUUUUCUCGAACAUGGCGAUCAAAUCACUGGUUAACUUGCAAUUAAAUAGAAAUGCAUUCAAUUUGGUACUUAGAACGAUGGGCAAUCUACCUGUCUUCAUCGUUCAUGACAAUAGAACGACAUCCAAACGUUGGUUGAACUGCAAGAGCAACGUUAAAAGAACCAUCGAUCAGUCACCUUACCAUGGCUUAACUUAUUCAUCAUCCAAGCAAAUCCAUACAACAGCAUCUAGGUAUAAUAAAGAUUAUUAUAAGGUUUUGGGCAUAUCCAGGAAUGCCUCUGCAGAUGAAAUCAAGAAAGCGUAUUAUAAGCUGGCCAAGCAGUAUCAUCCUGAUAGAAACAAAGAUGAUAAAGAAGCUGCAAAGAAAUUUACAGAAAUUAGCGAAGCUUACGAGAUAUUGAGCGAUGCAAGCAAGCGAUCCCAAUAUGACCAGUAUGGAACAGCUUUUUCGGGUGGUGGUGCCGGUGCUGGUGGCGCAGGUUAUUCGCAAGCGAGUGCUGAAGACAUAUUCAAAGAAUUUUUUAGUCGUGAUGGUCCAUUUAGAGGUUUUACUGAUUUUGGUGGUUCUCAAUUUACAGAUAGCACUCAGUUUCUACUACGCCUAACCUUUAUGGAAGCUGUUAAAGGCUGCCGUAAAGAAAUUGAAAUUCCUAUCAGUGCCAAUUGUGAUAGAUGUAAAGGUUCUGGUUCAGAACCUGGUAGUAAAAUUGUAACAUGCACUACGUGUAAUGGGACUGGCCAGCAAUAUAUACAAACUGGCAUUUUUAAUAUGGCUGCAACUUGCCAAAGGUGUGGCGGAAGAGGUCGCAUAGUUACUAAACCAUGUAGAAGCUGUAGAGGUCGUGGCACUGUAAAGAAACGCGAGCGAAUUUCUAUACAUGUACCUCCAGGUGUUCAAAAAGGACAAGCUAUGGGAAUACCUAUUAGCAAAUCUGAAGAAGUAUCUGUCGUUUUUGAGGUAUCAGAAAGCAGCGUAUUCGAACGUGAUGGUUACAACAUACAUUCGGAAAUUGAAAUUUCAGUUACUCAGGCUAUACUUGGUGGUACUAUCAGGGUUGAUGGAAUUCAUGGCGCAGUUAAUAUUAAGAUCCCGCGUGGAACUCAUUCUCAUGAAACUAUUAAAUUAUCUCAGCGUGGUGUGCAAAAAUUACAGAGUACUGGGAAAGGAGAUCAUUUUGUUCAUAUUAAGAUCAAAGUGCCACGGUCUCUAACACCGAAACAGCAAGCAUUAAUUUCUGCCUUUGCCGAAGAAGAGAACGAACGCAAAGGUACCGUAAACGAUGUUAACGAUUCACCAGAAAGCGAAAGUUGGCUAACGAAACUGAAGAGAACAUUUGGAUAUGAUGAUAGUCAUGAUCAGAUAGAAGGUGAAUAUGACGAGAGGCGAGAAGAAAAGAAAAAUUAAAUACUGGCGUUUAACCUAUUCAUCACAGUUUCCAGACUGUUUUUAUUAUACAGUAUUGUUGUUUACAUUAUUGGCCAAAUUUAUACCAUCUC